AUGGCAUCGUUAGUAAGUCGUGGGUUAGCUUCAUUGAAGAGCAAAGAAACGCGUGAUUAUUUAAUGAGCACGCAUUUUUGGGGACCUGUUGCAAAUUGGGGUUUACCGUUAGCUGCUCUAGCAGAUUUGAAGAAAGAUCCUGAAAUUAUCAGUCCAAAAAUGACAGUUGCCUUAUGUUUUUAUUCAAUGUUAUUCAUGCGCUUUGCUCUUCAAGUUAAACCAAAAAAUCGACUUUUAUUUGCCUGCCAUUUAGCAAAUGAAGCUGCACAAUUGACACAAUUGGCAAGAUACAUUAAUCACAAGUAUGGUGGACCACAACCAAUGAAACAAUAUCAAGUUCCAUCAAAAUCCAAUGCAACGACAGCACCACCACCACCACCACCACCAUCCGCUCAGCCUGCACGUUCAGCAUAA